AUGGUUGCUACCCGACCACCAUUUUAUGCGGACGAGGAGGAGCCAUCGUUUCGCAGAUACAACAGCCGUGGCCAGGGUUAUUCUUUGAGUCACGACAGAGAGAUGCCUUCAGCUCCCUAUAGUGGCCGUGAUCUACUAUCGAACCAUGAUUCUCGAGGCGGAAACCAUGCUCCGGAAUCCGAUAACAACUCUAGACCUAGGAGCAGGAUUCCUGUUGCCUGUGGACGAUGUCGAAAGCGAAAGAUCCGAUGCAGUGGUGACUUAGGUACUGGUCUUCCUUGUACCAAUUGUAAAGGUGCUGGCAAUGAACAAUGCCAAUUCUUGAGAGUUCAAUCGGAUGUGGUGUCAAUGAAGCAUGAAAAUGCUGACUUCAGUCACUUUGAACAUAAUCCAGCCCGGGUACACUGCCGUACGACUACAUUUGGACCACAUUCAUACAUUCCCCCAGGCGGACCGGUUCCAGAGGCAUAUUAUCCACGGAGUAGUUCGAUGAGCAGUUACGUUGUUCCUCAGAGCAGGUAUUACACUCUUGGUUCGUUCAGCGAAUACCCCGAGGAGAAUGUGAAUGUUGAUUAUGGUGUUCAAAAUCCGAGUUACUCACUGCUUGGAAAUGAGCAAUUCAUACCACCAACAUAUCCUUCUUCCAGUCGAGGCUGGACACCAGCUCCACAAGCAGCAAAGGCCACACCUAUGUAUUUGGAGCAGGACCCAGGUUACGGCGGACAAGUGUCAUACAACAGCGCAUAUCAACUCCGGCCAACUAUCAGCCCUGAGCCCAAGAGUGCCGUCCAUGCUACAAGUAUUCCUAUUGCCGUUACUGGUAACUCUUUACCACCACUACCUCCUAGUGGGACCGAUCGGGUACUGCCAUAUCCUGCGGGCCGUACCGCACUUCCCACCCAAGUUGGAUCGUACAUUCGUUCGGUAACAGUUGCUCCAGCCGGCUAUCAUUCGUACGGUGGGACACUGAGCAGCUCAAAGUCCACUGUUCAUAGUGCUAUUCCUGGCACUGCCUCGCUUGCUGCAGAUCCGUACCCGUACUCCAGCAGCAGUCCGGAAUCUCUGGCAUCUUCGGCACAGACAGUGUAUAGCACACAACAGCUUUCUCAACAGCAAGCCGAUUUGUAUGCGUCCAGCAGUGAAAGCCUUUAUCACGUGAAUGAAACUUCUGAAUCAGCUUACGGGACAAGCAGCGAGAAAAGAGAGUCCCACAAUCAGGAUUCUCUGUCACCGGAAGAAACGAUCGCUAGCUUGUCGGACCGUAGGCAAUAUGUACCAUUCAACGCGGGCGCCACUUAUCCACCAUCAUCUGUUGGUAUUUAUUCGCAUGCUACAACUAACAUCGCUACAGCUCGUACUCUCGGAGUCUCCCAGCCCUGA